UUCUAAGACCGCCUACGCGCGGGUAGCACCGUCUCCGCUGGUUACAUGUGAACCAGCGCUCACAGCCGGCUCCUACAGUAAGUCUCCAACAAUCUUGGUGCACAAUUCUGGCAGUGUGCAUUAGCACUUGAUGAUACUGAUCUUCAACAAUCACAACCUGCAGGCCUUCAGAAUCCAUUGUGCUGAUGAUUUGAAGGGUGAGGGAUAACCAUACUCUGACAUUCGUUAAAUAUUUGUGGUUUUGAAGUGUAGGGAUAACUUUAAUAUUCACUAAAGACUGAAAGUGUGAAAAGAAAGAGAUAACCGUUAAAGGUUUAUAGUCUAAAGGUUGAAGGUUAAUAACUUUACUUUGGAUAUUCCCCAAAGGUUAAAGUGUUAUAGUUUUACGAAAACAACCCAUGAUGUCUACGGGAAAUACUGGACAAAUGAAAGGAACUCUUUUCGGAGAGGAGCGAAAUGGUCCAGAAAGACUACCAGAGUCCUACGAGAUGCCUACAAUUAAAGCUGUGAAGAAAAUUCCUACAUCUGACCUUAUUGGAAAAUUUAAGAAGCAAGAAGACGAAAAGGGUUUUCUUAAACACGAUGAACUACAAGAAGAGUUUUAUGGUAGUGAAAAAACCCCGAAGCAGAAGAAUUCUUGGAAACGAUACCUGGAACCUAACUGUCCUUGCUGUCCAAAUAUGACCAAACGAUACUUAAUAGCCAUGCUUUCCUUUUUCGGGUUUCUCAUCAGCUUUGGUAUCCGAUGUAAUCUUGGAGUAGCUAUUGUUCAGAUGGUCAGCAACGUGACAGCAGAAGGACCUGAAUUCGAUUGGUCACCUGAAACAAUCGGAGUCAUAGACUCGUCGUUCUUCUGGGGUUACCUAGUUACACAGAUCCCAGGAGGGUUUCUUGCCGGCAAAUAUCCUGCAAACAGGGUGUUUGGAACAGCAAUUGCCGUAUCGUCAUUUCUUAAUCUCCUGGUUCCUGGAGCAUCGAAAGUUCAUCCAGUAUUGGUAAUAUUUGUUAGGAUACUCCAAGGAUUAGUUGAGGGGGUAACGUAUCCAGCCUGCCACGGUAUUUGGCGACACUGGUCACCGCCUCUAGAGCGUAGUCGGUUGGCAACUUUGGCAUUUUGUGGUUCUUACGCUGGAGCUGUAAUUGGUAUGCCCCUGUCAGGAAUUCUGACAGAUUACAUAGGAUGGCAGGCAUGUUUUUAUUUUUAUGGUGUUUUUGGAUUGAUAUGGUACGUAUUCUGGAUGUGGCAGUCUUUUGAAAAACCUUCAAAACAUCCGACAAUUACUCAAGAGGAGGUCAUUUACAUCGAGUACAGCUUGGGCGAUUCUGUUGGUCAAAAUACGCUGACCCUGAAUAAUACGCCUUGGAAAGCCAUAUUUACUUCAAUGCCAGUAUUUGCAAUCAUAGUAGCCAACUUUGCUAGGAGCUGGAGUUUCUACUUACUACUUAUCUCUCAGCCAAUGUACUUUAAGGAAGUCUUCCACUUUGACCUAGACAAGUCUGGAAUACUAGGAGCUCUUCCUCACUUACUGAUGACGAUAAUAGUUCCAAUUGGAGGUCAUCUUGCUGAUUAUCUUCGCCGAAAAGAAUACUUGACCACAACUUCUGUGCGGAAAGUUUUUAACUGUGGAGGCUUUGGCUUGGAAGCAUUGUUUCUUCUAGUCGUAGGGUAUACUCGAAACACUACACUAGCUAUCACAGCGCUCACAGUGGCUGUGGGAUUCAGUGGGUUUGCCAUAUCUGGUUUUAAUGUCAACCACUUGGACAUCGCUCCUCGUUACGCUAGCCUCUUGAUGGGAAUGUCCAAUGGAUUCGGUACUCUUUCUGGAAUGAUUUGUCCUAUAGUAGUGGAGGCUCUAACCAAACAUUCGACUGCAGCAGAGUGGGAGAAAGUUUUUCUUAUUGCUAGUUUGAUACACUUUGGCGGAGUAAUAUUUUAUGCAAUCUUCGCCUCUGGAGAACUACAACCGUGGGCAGAGGCACCUAGUAAAGACGAAGGUCCAUCUUGGAAUCCACUAGAAAACGCAUUUAAUGAUACAACUCAGCAAAUAAAAGGAGUCGCCGCCCUUGUAUCUGUUGAUGGUACGAGACAGCCGUCGUAUGGCGCCACAAUCGAUAGUCAAAAGCCAGUAUUCUCCACGAAAGAAGAACUAGUACAAGCGCUCCCUCGUGAUCAGUAUAUGCAUGGAAAUGUUGAGGACAGAGAAUAUUAAAUGAGGGGUUCAUAUUAAUUAUAAAUUGCCAAAGCAAUAUAAAUGUUUAUUAACCAGUGUAAUAAUUUCAAUUAUAAUCUCAGAUGAAUAAUUUUAUUAUCAUUAAUAAAAAUGCGUUUUCUUUAAGAUGUUGUUCAGAAAGAAAAAGUUGCAGGUGGACGAAAAUUAAUAGACUUCCAUCUAUUAUAUUUAAAGGAGUGCAUUCUAUAUGAAAAAAAAAGGUCACCCAAAAUCGUUUUCUUGUCAUCACUGAUAUUAUCACCGUCAUAAGGAGAGAGAAAAAGAUAUUAUUCAAUUGUUUUUUAUUUCACAUAAUGUUUAUCCCUGUUUCUUAGGUAAGUGGAGGAAGUUGAAAUUAAAUAUUCUAACAUUAGAAAAAAACUAGUCUUAACAGUUUUACGAUUCUUCUCCCAUUUUGGUUUAAUAAAUGAUUCAAUCGUUCCUUAUUUUCUACGUAGUAAAUAUAACUUAUUACUGUUUUGUUCAUUGCACGAAUUUCUGAGAUCCGUCAUCGUGCUUUUUAAGUUAAGUUUAUUUAUUAAUUAAUGUUCCAAACCCAUAUGCGGAUCCAGAGAUUUUGUAAAGGGGAAGCGGUAAAUAGAAAUGUGCAUAUACUUAUAUAGUAAUAAUAACGACUCAAUGGCUUCAAUGUGACAUUUUUAGAAAUAGAACGAAUUAUUUACACUUAAUAUGUAAAAUAAAAGUAAAACCGUAUGAAUUUUACCUGGUUUUUAUAUUAAUCGAAUUCGCUUAUAAAAAAUAUAUUUUUAUUGCAAAGGUUGCCCCUCUGGAUCCGUCAAUGUAUAAACCCAUUUUUUCCUAUCUUUAAGAUUAAGUUUUUAGACUGGUAACAAUUUAAAUCAAUUAUCUUGUCUCUGAGAUUAAGCCUAGUAAUCUUUUAAACCAAUUAUCCUGUCUCUGAGAUUAAAUCCGGCAAUCUUUUGAACCUGUUAUUGUGUAUCUGAGAUUAAGUUCAAUAAUUUUGCACAAUGUAUGAAAAUAAACUUUUUUGCACAAUGAUUUUAUGAAUGUAUACAAGAUAUUACAGGAAGCUCCCUCAAUCCCUCAAUGAAAAUUACUGUAUAUCUAUACAGAACUCUUUCUUGUAAUUGGUUCUUACGUAAUCACGUCAAAUUGAGGUUGUCAUUUCGUUGAUGUGUGUAUUAGGCAUGGAACUCAAUAUUACGAAAUAUGUAUGAAAAACAGUUUGAGUCAAUUCGUGUUACAGAGGUGUUAAUACUUAUAAGAAACCAUUGUUAACUAAAACUCGCGUUCAUAAGAAAAUUGUGUUAUUAUUAUUAUUCUGUUUCAUAUUGAUGUUUAACAAUAUUUUACAUCAAAAUCAUUAUAAAAAGGCAACUAGUUCCUUAAGAUAUUUGAAUGAUCAUAGAAAUUAUAUGAUAGGCAUUUUCAUGUAUCUAGCAAAGGUUCUAGAAAAGUGUUACUUGUUUUCAUCGCAAAAACAAGAACAACAUUAGUUUAAACAAUGUGAAAUUAAUUUAUUUCAUAUGACUUUUUAACAUUUUGUUUCUUUGUUCUUAAGUGCAAAGUUACACAAUGGGGAACCUACGCUGUGCCAACUGCGGAUAUCAAACCCCAAUUUUUAGUGUUAUAAGUCUGCAAGCCACCAGAUUGUACUUUUUUACAUAACAUGGCC